GCCAGUCCAACUCGUUCAGGGACGAAGCGCAGUAGCAGUGAGGGCUCGGGUAAAGAGAAUAGUAUGGUGUCGGGGCCGCCGAAGUCUCCUGUGGGCGGCAUGAAGAGCAAGAGCAAAACUCGGACUGUUACGGAGAAGACAUACCUCAAGAACUUCUAUGCUCGGAAGAAGGUCACGAAAGCAAGUAGCAUGUCAAGUGAUGAUGGCGGGGCUUCCAAGAGGAUCAAGCGGGAGGACAAGAUGGACAAAGUCCUGACAUUCUUAGAGGAGGAACGUGCAGAAAGGCAGGCAUUUCAGUCUAAGGUCCUUUCGCAGAUUGAGCGGGGUAAUGAAUUGUAUGCACGGGAGGCUCAAGAUAAUCAUAACUUUCGUCAGGACUUUCUUGCCCUCAUGCGGGCGGUGAUAGAGAAACAUUAGCUAUAUUAUCUUCCAAUAAUCUUUUUGUAUUUUAACCCAUGUAGUAUAGUUUACAUUCAUGUAUAUAAUCAUACCUAGUCAUGGAAGUAAUCAUUAAGUUCUGGUGGCAUACAAUCAAAGUAUUGUGAUACUUGGUUUGGUCGAAGACAGUUAAGUCCAUUGGUAAGAAGGACACCCACCCUGUAGUA